GUAUGGAGGAGUUCACAGCAGAUGGCGUGUCAGCGCCUUUACCUGGAAGAUGUGCUUUUUAUGUAAUAAAAAAGAAACGAUACUGCAAGAUGAUUGUUGGAAAGGGAAAAACCUUCUGCGGGGAACAUGCAAACGCUGGUGAAGACAGUGAGAAAAAACGAAUAACCUGUCCUCUGGAUCCUAAACACACUGUAUUUGAAGUAAAUUUGGCAAAACACUUAAAGAAAUGUAACUCCAAGGAGAAACCGAAACCUGUUUAUUAUGUGAAGGACAUCAAUGCUGGGUGCACAAGUGAAGAAGAAGAAACGAUAGAGGAGAUAUCCAUCGCUGAUCGAUCCAAAGAGGAGCUGGAUGAACUGAUUUCGAAACUCAAGACUGCUUUACAAGGUCUGAAUACCAAGCUUGAUGAAAACACACUGUCACAUUCUGCUCUAGAUGAGCCUUUAAAUGAUCCAAAGAAUGGAGAUUCUGCUUUUAAACACCUCAAACAACAGGCCUCAAUCCUUGGAAACAUGGAAGCUUUGAAACUGCUCAGCCCAGACAGAUGCUACAUAGAGUUUGGGGCCGGGAAAGGAAAACUGUCCCAUUGGAUUCACAUUGCUCUCAAAGCAGCUGAAAAUGUCCAUUUUUUACUUGUGGAAAGGUCCAGUACUCGAUUUAAGGUAGAUGGCAAACAUAAAAAUGCAGACUCAACAUUUGAUAGGUUGCAAGUUGAUAUUCAGCACAUUGAUUUAAGAAAAGUUCCUCUCCUUAGAGAAAAAGGACUUCCUGUUGUUGGUAUUGGUAAACACCUCUGUGGUGCAGCGACAGAUUUGGCCCUUCGAUGUUUAUUUGAGCAAUCGGGCACAGACGACAAAGAUCAGCCUCCAAGCAAACGCAUUAAACUCCAGCCAAAAGAGGGAGCUGGGGAUGAAAUGGAGCCCAUUCCACCAACCGAACGCGAUGAGCUUGUAGUGUCAGGAUUGGCCAUCGCUUUGUGCUGUCACCACCGCUGCGACUGGAAACACUACGUGGGGAAAGAUUUCUUCAGGCAGCGAGGUCUUGGACCAGAAGAGUUUGCUGCUUUUCAACGCAUGUCAAGCUGGGCCACAUGCGGCAUGAGAAAAUUGAGUUCCAAGAUAUCAGAACAAACAACUCCACAAAAAGAAGAAGAAGAAGAGGAGGAAGAAGAAGAACAUGAAAAGAACGAAGAAGCUGUUCCAGAUAGCCUCAAUGGUGUAAUGCCAGUUGAAGACCGGGAACAGAUCGGACGCCUAUGUAAACUUCUAAUUGACCAGGGGAGAGUUUAUUACCUCCAGCAAAGAGGUUUUGAAUCCAACCUGAAGUAUUACACAAGCAGAGAUGUGUCAUUGGAGAACGUGUUACUAACUGCCGUUCCCACAUCCAAUAAGAAUGGAGAUGAAUUUAAACUGCCUUCUUAAAACAAUCAGUGGGUUACAUAGACAUGACAAAGAACAUAUUAGCCAGCAGUGCUAUGCAGAACAUUUAUGGUUCUUUUUUUAUUUGAUGAGUGUUUAUGGAAUUUUUAUUUGAACUCAUCCACAAACAUUAGUUAUGACAAACAAGCAGGAAACAGGAAGUGAAAUCCAACGAAAGGCACACAGAAUAAAACAUUUUCCAAGUCCAUUUACAAGACAAGAGAAGCACAGAGGACACUUCGCAGGGCUUGGAUGACAACUUGGCUUGAUAAUCCAGAAGAUUAGGCCAAGCCCUUCGACGACAGACAGUAGCCAGCAAGCAAGUCACAAAGACGAUGCUAUCUCUGGCACAGCAUCCAAUGUCACAUUUAGUACCGAUGUGAAAGUUUGGGAUCCUGAAAUGCGUAUUUAAAGCAAAAGUUCCAGAUCUGUUUUAUUUAUGCAAUGUUUUGUAUUAAAGUUCUACCAGUUGUGUACACCGUACAUAUUGAGUAUGACUUAACCUCUUUUUUGGGCCUCUUGAAUGUAGUAGUACAUGAAUUCGUGACCGUACAUCUCCCUGUCGUUAUCUUCCUCGUAUGCAUUCUCUUUUAAAUCAGGCAGUGCAACAAAAGAGCAUUUAAAGCUUAAAAAUCAUAAUCCCAUCAAUCGUAAUAUUGUAAGAACGGUCAAAUCUUACGCCUGUUUAGGUCGAGCAUGUUCUUGCGCUAUAAAUGCUGGAUGCAGCACAACACAUAUAAGAGAACACGGGUGCCAUGAGAUGGGUUCAGAUGGUCUCUUACCACACCCUCCACAGUUUUAUUACAUUUCAGCACAAUGUGAGGACUUUUCAGAUGGUCCUUUACCCACCGUAGGCACAGUUGCCAAUAACUAUAUAAAGUUUAAAUUAAUGAUCUUGAACGAUUUUGCGGUGACGCCAUCAGACCAGCUUAAAUAUGGGACAAAUCAUGGCCCAUAUUAAUUCGAUACAGUACAUUUCAUCUUUAAACCCAGUAGUGGCUGUGACUUGUAGUGAGUGUUUUGAUGCAGACAAAGCCUUCAUGGAAAACAAAGCUUACAUAUGCCCAACGACUUCACCAUUUUGGCCACUUGAGGCAGUGUUUCGAGUUUCAGUUUAUAUUUGUAUAUAUAAAUGUCAUAAGUUGUCACUUAUAUAGUGCCUUUUUUUAACCUUAGAGGUUACCAAAGCGCUUUACACUGUGUCACAUUCACACUCACACUCAUACACCAUGCAAGGCGCUAACCUGCCAUUGGGAGCAACUUAGGGUUCAGUGUCUUGCCCAAGGACAUUUCAGCAUGUGGAGUCAUGUGGGCCGGUAAUCGAACCGCCAACUCUGCGAUUAGCCACCUGAGCCACAGCCGGCCCAUGAUUUUAGCUAUAGAAAACUCAACCUACUGUUUCCAAUUUUAAUGUGAGAUCAAUCUGUGUGAAAGGCUCCAUAGGGAUUAAUUGUUUCUAUUCUCACGGCAAAAUAAAAUUCGUGUUUGGUGUGAAAGCGCCUUGAAAUAUGCAAAUCUGAUUAAAAGGAUCACAGCCUACAUUUAAUUCCUUGGUACUAAAGAUCUUAGAUUUAUUAAAAUUCUGACUGCUUUUAAUAUUGUUGUAUUUAACAGUAACAGAAUGCAAAUGGCAAAUAAAGAUCUGUUUUAUAAAUAUAUUCAGUGAAUGUGUUUGUAGUUGGACUCCAUACAACUCUGCUUGAACAAUUCACAACCGAGUCCUCCAGUUGACCAAUGGCCACAUAACAAAUCAGUUUUUAUCGAUCAUACAGUAACUUCUUAGCCUUUUUAAUGCAAUCGGAUAGCUCUUUAGAAAUCGGUGUACAUGCAAAGCUGUACUUUUGAAGUGCAUUUUUGGGUGGUCUGAUAUUGGAUGAAAUGCUCAUCUCUCUGAAUUCUCUGGUAUUGAUUUUCGGCCGUUCGGUUCCUUCGUCAUAUAGUUUGAGCUGCGUCUCCCAUGUGCUGGAAUCAGUGAUGAUGUGCUUGUUUUUAGCUGUGACUUCCUGUGAUAUUUUCUUUACGAUGAUUUUCUUGCCGUUAGUUUGUCGGAUUGGCCUCCACUUUCUCUCGUCUUGCUUGUGAAAUUAAGUUAUUGUCAUAUGAAUAAUUUCCCAGAUAGCACAUGUACAGCUCUGAGAUCUGUUUUAGACAGUUUCAUUUGGAAAGCAUCACAAUAUAAUUAACAUCUGCUAAAUAUCUUAAAAAGAUCAGAUUUAUACAUUCUAAAUAAACAUCUUAAAGAUGUU